UUGUUUGGUAUGCUGAGCGUUGUGUCUGUUGUCUGCAGCUUGUAGUUACAUUCCAAUGGCCUUGUUUAUUAUAGACCAGACAUACAUUAGAGAGGGGUUCUUGAUUCCGUAUCCUGUGUCUGCACGCUUGUGUGUGAGGUCUUAACACAUGCUCCGUUGUGUGUGUGUGUGUGUGUGUGUGUGGUAGAAACGGGAGCGAGGCUGAGGUCACAGCACAAGCUCAGUGGAAACAUUGUCGGAGACUCGAACCAAGCGCUCUGCUUGGUCCUCCAUUUUGAGCACCUAGCAAUAGGUGGGAAGGAACACAGUGAGUUGAUUUCACAAACGACCACUACUACAGUUCUAGACAAAACUGUCAACGUCCCGACCCUUAGAGAUCGGUGUCAGACAUGGACGACUUGUUCGCCCCGCGGAGGCGACUAAACAGCACACAAGGAGAGAUCAGAGUGGGGCCGAGUCACCAAGCCAAGCUUCCCGAGCUGCAGCCCUUCCCCUCCGAGGCCCCGGGGGGCCUGGGUCAGGCUGUGACAGAGAAUGAGGAGCUGGUGUGGAUGCCAGGGGUCAACGACUGUGACCUGCUCAUGUACCUCAGGGCUGCAAGGAGCAUGGCGGCCUUCGCUGGGAUGUGUGACGGCGGUUCUACAGAAGACGGUUGCCUAGCAGCCUCGCGAGACGACACCACACUCAACGCACUCAACACGCUUCACGAGAGCAGUUACGAUGCAGGCAAGGCCCUACAGCGCCUGGUCAAAAAGCCUGUUCCCAAACUCAUAGAGAAGUGCUGGUCAGAAGACGAAGUGAAGCGGUUCAUUAAAGGGCUCAGACAGUACGGCAAGAACUUCUUCAAGAUUCGUAAAGAGCUGCUACCCAACAAGGAAACGGUAAAUCACUUAUUUUUUUCCCCCUCCUCUGGGGUUAUAUUUUAGACCGUGGCUCUGUUGAAUCCGUGUGUGCGUGUGUUACUGUACAGAUUUGGAACAUGU